AUGGUGAGUAUCAGUGAUGAGAAUUGUGUGGUGAUGGAAUACAGCUUACUAACAUGUGGAAAACAGCUACCUUUGUAUUUGCUAACAGCUGCUAAGGGCCAACCAACUUUGGUGGAGCUUAAAUCUGGUGAAACUAUAAACGGUGUUUUAACUGAAAUUGAUAACCUUAUGAAUUUGACUUUAACCGAUGUCAUUGAAACUAGUCCUGUGAGUAAAGAUGUUAAAUAUUUAAGAUUACCUGAAGAAUUAAUAGGAGAAAUUAAACAACGUAAUUUACAAAACCAAGAACAACGUUUCAAUAGAAAUAGAAACAAUAAUAAUAAUGAUAGAAAUAAUCAAAAUUAUAAUCAAAAAAGAAACAAUAACAGAAAUUAUAAUAAUCAAGGAAAUAGAAAUAAUCAAAAUCAAAAUCGUCGUAAUAACAAUGGUUAUAACAAUAAUAAUGGAGGUCCUCGUUAUAACAAUGAUAGACGCCAAAACCAAAACCAAAACCAACAACAGCAACAACAAGUACCACAACAACAACAACAACAAUAA